AUCAGUUUGAAUUUAAACCGCGACCCGUUUACGUUAACUCUGAACUGUAGGUCCGUGCUGUGUGAGGUGAAACUCAACUCGAAGCCGAAGCAGACUCCGAGAAGAAAAGAAAUAAAAAUCUUUAUUCAAAUGGAAAUAUUUAUUCAUUUGAAAAAUACAUUUUUUUUAAUUUAAAAAACAAAUUUUAAAUUUGCAUCGUACCUACUGGAAGGAAGGAAGUUUAACCCCCUAAAGGAGAAACGUCAUAAGGAAAAGGUGAUAACAUGGCCCCAAACGCAACAUCAGCAACACAAGUUCUAGGCGAGUCGCUAGCAUCAUCCUGUGGAGCGGGAGGUGAAUCGGCAAAUAGCAAAGUUGAAGCAACAGGAGUUUUAUAUGAAUGUGAUGCUGAGACAACUGAUGGAGGACUAGUGAAGGAUCUGGAAAAGCUUAAGCACGCCGAUAGGCGAAAAAUAAAAUUAGUUUGGAGAAAUAUUAUCGCAUUCACAUACCUGCACUUGGCGGCUGCUUAUGGAGCUUGGUUAAUGUUAACAUCUGCCAAAUGGGCUACAGUUGCCUUUGCAUUCUUCUUGUAUAUUGUAUCAGGAUUGGGCAUUACAGCUGGAGCACAUCGUUUAUGGGCUCAUCGAUCCUACAAAGCUAAAUGGCCACUACGAGUCCUUCUUGUUCUUUUCAAUACAGUUGCGUUCCAAGAUGCCGCGUAUCAUUGGGCCCGUGAUCAUCGUGUACAUCAUAAAUUUUCAGAAACCGAUGCUGAUCCACAUAAUGCUACAAGAGGCUUCUUCUUUUCACAUGUGGGCUGGCUGCUAUGCAAGAAGCAUCCAGAAGUUGCUGCCAAAGGAAAAGGUGUUGAUUUAUCGGAUCUGAGGGAAGAUAAAAUCCUUAUGUUCCAGAAGAAAUACUAUAUGCUUCUUAUGCCAGUUGCAUGCUUUAUUAUUCCAACAUUUGUUCCAAUGUACUAUUGGGGUGAAUCAUUCCUUAAUUCAUGGUUUGUAGCAACUAUGUUCCGAUAUGCAUUCAUCUUGAAUGUUACAUGGCUAGUUAACAGUGCAGCGCAUAAAUUCGGUGGAAAACCAUAUGACAGGUUCAUCAGUCCAUCAGAAAACCAAUCUGUUGCAGUUCUUGCCUUCGGUGAAGGUUGGCACAAUUACCAUCACGUCUUCCCCUGGGAUUACAAGACCGCCGAACUGGGAAAUUACCGUCUAAAUUUAACAACAGCCUUUAUUGAUUUCUUUGCCAAAAUUGGUUGGGCCUACGAUCUUAAAUCUGUUUCGGCCAACAUCAUCGAAAAACGCGUCAAACGAACAGGAGAUGGAACACACGCAACUUGGGGCUGGGGUGACAAAGAUCAACCCAAAGAAGAAAUAGAAGAUGCAUUAAUCACGCACAAGAAGGAUGAUUAAAUCUGCGAGUAGUUCCCAAGAAUCAAAUAAAAAUCUUAUAAUAAUAGUCUAGACAUGGUCCGGUUGAGACGUUGAACAAUACAAACAAAAAUUAACGUUGCACCAAGUGUGUCUAUUCUAUUCUCUCCCUGACUGUGUUAAAAAACAUCUCUUUAUUUUUUUUUUCUCUAUAAAUAUAAAUAUUGUUAAAUGUAAAAUUACACAACUCAUAUUCUCUUCAUUUUAUUAUUUUUUGUACUAAUAAAUUAUUAUUUUUUUAAAAAUUAUUUCGGCCAAUUAAUUUUAAGCUUUUUUUCGGUUUUUUUUUAAAUUAAAAUUAUAAAACUAUCAUAUUAUUAUAGUUUUGGUACGGAUAUAAUCUGAAGAGUGGUUUAACAUCAUUAAAAUAACAAUUAUUUUUUUUAAACAAAUUUAGUAUUUAUAUGUGUGUUAAAUAAUAAAAUUAAAAGAGAAAAUAAUAAAACAAAAAUAUCUAUUAAGUAUUCUAGGAAAGAAAUGCUACGAUGAAAAUAAAAAUUGAUAAAUGAUGAUGGCUACCUUAAUUUUGAGUGUCAAAUGCACUUUAACAAUGGUUUUUUUUAUUUUUGUUUAAAUGUUUUUUUAAGAAAGUGAUGUGCAUGAGAAGAGAACUGGUGAUUGAAUCCCUUUAUAGCAUUAAAUGCUUUUUAAAUAUAUAUUUAUAUUAUUUUUUACUGUAUCCAAAAUUGUAUAAAUCAAAAGCAUGUUCAUAACUGCAAUAUUUUAAAACAGCGGAAAUAUCUGCUACACAUAUUUAUCAAUCGUACCUAGUUUUAAAUUACACAGAAAGUAGUAAGAUCAAUAGGGUAUUGCAAAAGCAGAAAUAUCAAAGAAUGUUUUAAAAUUUACUUAAGUUUUUUUAAAAACCACACAUUCGAAUGUAUAUGAUCUUGUUUAUUUCGCAUGUAAGUACGUAAUAUCCAAAACAUAUUACUUUUGAAAACGUACCCUACAUUAUCACUAUAACCUAACCCCAAACCUCGGUUUCUUGCGUACAAACAGAGCUUAAACAUCUUAUAUGUAUAUUUGUUGCAAUAAAUACAAAGAAUAAAAUGUUGUUCGGAAUGAUAAAACUAACUUUAUAGUUAAUUAUUCUAUUGUUACCUUAUUAAACAAAAACAAAUCACUGAAUAAGCUUUUAACUAAAACUUUAAUGAAGAAAAACAACUACAAAAAAUAUUACUUACUACACGCCUAUUUUAUACUUAAGAGGAACAGUUGUAAAUUAUAUUUAUAAAAAAGAAAAAGAUCUAAUAAAAUAAAGUUACUGGAUAUACAUAUAUAUUUUUUUGAAAUACACAACAAUUUUUAUUUUAAGAACAUAAAAUAAAAUAUAAAUUUGUGGAAAAGUAUGCGUCUAAAAAAAUGUUUCUUAUAAAAUUCGGCAUAUGUAUAUUGUAUGUGUCCUGACUGUUUACAAAAGUACGAAGUAUAUUUUACUUCAGAGUACAUUUUUUGAUAUCAUUUUAUAAAAGAAAACAAAUAAAUAAAUAUAUGUAUAUGUUUGAAUUCUGUAAAACAGACAAGAGCAUAUAAUAUGAGAAUAGAUAUUAAUAUUGCUUAAAUAUUAAUAAACAGAAAUUUUUGUUGAAAUAAAAAAAAGAAAACAAAAACAAAGUGUAACUAUAUUAACGAUAAAAACUAAAAAAAUAACAGAAGAGAAAAUUCAUGUAGCCAAAAUCUGUAAUUUAAUAUGUGAAGUUAUUAGAUUACCUUUGUUUAUUAUAUAUGCUUAUAUAAAUAUAACGAGACAAUUUGAUCAAACACACCUUAAUCAAAAGAAAUUGUAAGAAGGAAAUACCAAAAACAAUAAUAAUAAAAUUAUUAGGUAUACUAACCAUGAAUCAAUUAAAUGUGAAAUGGAACAGAA